AUGGCCGGUCACAUGGGAUCAGGCUUGCCAGCGGAGUUAGAGCGUCAUCUUGCGAGAGCGCCCAGGGAUCAAUUGCUAGAGCACCUUGCUCUGAAGAUCGAUUCGGCUGAUCCUCAUGGACCGCCACGGGCGUAUGGUCUGUCGAAGCGCGGAAAUAUACUUCGCGUUCAGGCUUCAGCUAAAGCGUGGGGACGCGUUGGGGGGAGAGUCAAUUCUGUUAGUCCCGGGGUUAUCUCUACAAGCGCUGGGAGGCAAGAAAUCAAUGGUCCAGCUGGGAAGUUUAUUGCCAUGAGUCCUGUGGGUCGUGUGGGCACGCCGCAGGAUGUUGUGAAUGCUGUGGCAUUCUUGGCUAGUCCCAAAUCGUCUUUCAUUACAGGGAAUGACAUUCUCGUGGAUGGUGGGGUCGUGUCAUCGUCAAAGUGGGAUAAUUGA